AUGGCAGCCGAACUUGACGUGAUGGCCAACUGGGUCACGGACGGCUACGCGAACAAUGGUAUUCCACGAGGUCGAUACGAAAUCCCUGACAUUAUCCUUGGAGGACCUUACACCCGCAAGAUUCGAGUUAUUUCGAUCGGUGCCGGCAUCACAGGCAUUCUCAACUCGUACCAGUUUCAAAAAAACCUCAAAAAUAUCGAGCAUGUCGUUUACGAGAAGAACCCUGACAUUGGAGGCACAUGGCUUGAGAAUAGAUACCCUGGCUGCGCCUGUGACAUUCCAAGCCAUGCUUAUACCUACGGAUUUGCGCUGAAUCCCGAUUGGCCACGAUUCUUUUCGUAUGCACCCGAUAUCUGGCAAUAUCUGAAUAAGGUUUGCGAGGUCUGGGGACUCCGCAAAUAUAUGACCUUUUCUACUAAGGUCAUUGGCUGUUAUUGGCAGCAGGAGACGGGAGAGUGGCUCGUGAAGCUCGAGCAGACUAAUCCUGACGGAAGCAAGCGCCAAUACGAAGAUCGAUGCCAUAUGCUAAUCCAGGGGACUGGGGUUCUAAAUACUCCUCAAUGGCCUAACAUUAAGGGCAUAGAGAAGUUCAAAGGGAGGCUUAUCCACACUGCCAUGUGGCCGCAAGAUUAUCAGUCCGAAGAAUGGAAGAAAGACCGCGUGGCUGUUAUCGGAUCGGGAGCCUCAAGUAUUCAAACCGUUCCAGCGAUACAACCGCACGUGAAAAGUUUGGAUAUAUUUGUGCGAACGGGUGUCUGGUUCAUUCAAAUCGCAGACAACUAUGGCGCAAACCAUGAAUAUACCGACGAGCUAAAAGCAGAGCUCCGUGAUCCCUAUAAACUUGUCGAGCAUGCUAAGUCUAUCGAAGACCAGGUCAACAGCAUAUGGGGUAUCUUCUACAGCAAAUCAAAGGCUCAAGCUGACGCUCAAGAGGCGUUGAAGAAGCGCUUCGCGUCGAUGGUAAAAGAUGAAAAACUAAUCGCCGGGUUCACUCCCAAGUUUGGGAUUGGAUGUCGCAGGGUUACCCCAGGAGAUCCUUAUAUUGAGGCGAUUCAAAAACCGAACGUCAAUGUACAUUUUACUCCUGUGGUGGAGAUCAAUGAGACCGGGGCUAUUGGAGCUGAUGGCAUUCAUCGCGAAGUCGACACUAUUGUCUGUGCUACCGGCUUCGACGUCUCGUAUCGCCCUCAGUUUCCUCUCGUCGGUCAAAGCGGCUUUGACUUGCGCGAGAAGUGGAAAAUUUGCCCCGAAGGCUAUCUCGGUCUAGCAGUCCCCGGCUUUCCGAACUUUCUAAUCUUUACUGGUCCGAACUGGCCAGUCGAAACUGGCGGUAUUAUGGGACCACUAUCCUUCGUCUCAAAGUAUACUCAAGCGAUGAUAAGGAAACUACAGACAGAGUAUAUUUGCAGCAUUGCCCCGAAGCAGGGUAUUACCGAUAUGUUCAAUGAGCAUUGUCAAGAGUGGAUGCGACAUACUGUGUGGACUGAAGACUGUCGAUCUUGGUAUAAAAAUAAUGAGACAGGGCGCGUGAACGCUGUUUGGCCAGGCUCAUCCCUUCACUAUAUGGAGGCUAUCAAGACGCCAAGGUGGGAAGACUAUGAAAUCCAAUAUCUAGGUCCGGCGAAGGAGAAUCCGUGGGCGUACCUAGGUAUGGGCACAGUGCCAGCUCUUGUACAGAAAGGGGAUGUUUCACCCUACUUGAACGUUGAGCAUCUUGACCCGAAAUGGAUGGAAGCAGCCCAUAUCGAUGCUCAGAAAAUUUACGAGACUAGGAUGGCUGAGCUCCGGUCCAAGUAUGAAGAGCAGCAAAAGAAGAGCAGGAACAGUGUUGAGAAAGCCUCCGUUGUAUAA